GUUGUGCAUGCUGUGGUACAUUUUAUACACCAUAGAUUGUGGAUAUAUGUUAUUAUUAUAGUUUGAGAGUAUGUCAGACCAGAAGAUGUCCAUCCAUGGAGUCCACUGUACAUCAGACCAGGGGAUGUACAGUACAUUCAUGUAGCCUGCUGUAUGUGAGAAGAGAAGAUGUUCAUCCAUGUGGUCUGCUGUACAUCAGACCGGAGGAUAUACAUCCAUGGAGUUUGCUGUAUGUCAGAAUGCAAGAUGCCCAUCCAUACAGUCCACUGUACAUGAGACCAGGGGAUGUACAGUACAUCCAUGUAGUCUGCUGUACGUCAGAAAAGAUGUUCAUCCAUGUGGUCUGCUGUACAUCAGACCGGAGGAUAUACAUCCAUGGAGUUUGCUGUAUGUCAGAAUGGAAGAUGCCCAUCCAUGGAGUCCACUGUACAUCAGAACGAAAGUUGUACAUCCAUGGAAUCCAGUGUAAAUCAGACCAGAGAUGUACAAUCCAUGGAGUCUGCUGUACAUCA